AUUAUACCAUAACCACGACCAAGAUCAUUUGAGUUUUCCUACAAGAAGAGAGCUACAUAGGUAUUUAUUCAUAAAAAUGAGUGGUGUAAGCAUGAAGCUUCCUUUGAUUGAUUUGAGCAACCUAGGAGAAAAUGAUUCUCCAAGGUGGGAAUCAACCAAAAUCCAAAUUCGAGAAGCCCUUCAAGAAUAUGGGUGUUUUGAAGCUACAUUCAGUAACAUUCCUCUUGAGUUGAGGAAAUCAAUUGGUGAUGGGAUUCAACAAAUUUUAGAUCUCCCUUUAGCCAUCAAAGAACUUAACAAAAAUUCACACAGACCUUUACAUGGCUAUGUUGGCCAUAAUCAUUCCGGUCCACUUAUAGAAAGUAUCGGCAUCGAUGGCGCCCUCUCGCCUCACGUAGUCGACACCUUCACCAACCUCAUGUGGCCUGAUCAAGGCAAUCCCACUUUCAGCAAAGAUUUACAAUUAUAUUGUAAGAAACUGUCUGAAAUGGACAAGAUUGUGAGGCGGAUGGUGUUGGAGAGUCUUGGAUUGGAAAAAUACAUAGACGAACACUUCAACUCCACGGAUUACCUCUUUCGUUUCCAGAAGUACGACCCACCUCGAACGCCUCACUCAACGCUCGCAUUACGUGACCAUAUAGACAAGAACUUCAUCACCACAAUACAUGAGUUCAGUCAUGUUAAGGGUUUGCAGAUUCUUACCAAAGAUGGCAAAACUUGGAUCCCUGGAGAUACAACAUCACUCGAUUCAUUCGUUGUCCUAGUCGCGACCUGUCUCCAAGCAUGGACAAACGGGCGACUGCAUGCUCCAAUCCACAAGGUGGUGCUGAGCGGGGAUGAAACUCGAUACACUAGCGGUAUGUUUAUUGUUGCGAAAGAAGACGGGUGCGUGAUUAAGACUCCGGAAGAGUUGGUGGAUGAAGAUCACCCUUUGCUCUACAAGCCUUUUGAUUACUAUAAGUUCAAUGAUUUUACCCUCACAGAUGCUGGUAGGGCUUCGAUUGAUGCUCUCAAGGAAUAUUGUGGAGCCUAAAUUUCCAUUAUUAUCAGCUUAUAUGUCUGCUUGUUUGGGUGUUUAAUUUUUUGUUAAUUUACUGCUAUAAUAAUAGAAGCUUCUGAUGCUUCAAAUAAUUGUGAUAGAUAAGCUCAUUUCCGGGUUUUCUUUAUUGGUUCUUUCCCGGAUCGCGAAAUAAGAGUCGAACCGCAUAUUAGAUAGAUAUAUAUAUUUGGAGUUUGUAUUCAUUCAUAAUAUUGAAAUACAUCCUCUUACUCUCCAA